ACUCAUCUAUUUUAUAAGUAAAUCCACCUACAGAGCGAUUAAUUGCAAAUCCCUAUCUUUGAUAUGUGCAUUUGAAGAUGAAUAUUAAAAGUGGUAUCACACUCAUAUUAUUAUAUUUUUGCUACAAUUGUAUGCCAUAUCAACAACACCAAGAAGGAGAUUUUUGUCGAAGGCAUAAUUCAAGUGAGAUUGGCGAAUGUGUGCGUAUUUGUAAUAAAAAUUACAAUAAUAGUGACAAUAACAACCUGUGUGGAUUUUCUCCUUUUAAUUAUUCCCUAGUUUGUUGUCCAUUAGUUUGGCAGGAAUCUGGUUCAAGGAGUGAAAAAAAAUGUGUUGAUUACUAUUUACACUACGAAGCGGUUUACCCAAAUGUUGAUAUCAAUUUGGCAAAAGCUUUACCUCGAGAAUUCCCUCAUAUGGCAGCGAUUGGUUUUGGUGAAAAAACCAACAUCUCAUGGCUAUGUGGAGGAUCUUUGAUAAGUUUCGACUUUGUUCUUACUGCAGCACACUGCAUUCACACUUUGGAUUAUGGUCAAGUUAAAUGGGUACGUCUCGGUGAUUUGGACCUGAAAAAUACAACAGAAGAUGCCGAUCCUAGAGAUUUUGCAGUGACACGCAUUUAUGUCCACCCCAAAUAUAAAUCUGCUUCUCAUUAUCACGAUAUUGCUUUGCUUAAAAUAAAUAGGUCAAUUUCAAUUAUUUCACAGUACUUUCGUCCUGCUUGUUUACAAAUAGAAGAGCGUUCUGGUGAUCAUUUGCAAGCAAUUGGUUGGGGUAAAACUGAUUUUUUUGGAGACACAAGCAGUCAUUUAUUAAAAGUGAAUUUAACUACUGUGCCAUAUAAAGAAUGUAAACAGAGAUUUACUUCUUCGAGAAGACUCAAAGAGGGAAUAAAGGAUAAAGAGCAAAUAUGUGCUGGUGAUUCUGAAGGAGGAGAUACCUGUCCAGGCGAUUCUGGAGGUCCACUACAUUACAAGAAACAACGAUCUCUUUCGUUUCUUGGUUAUGACAUUGACGAACAUUUUGUCGUAGUUGGUGUCACUUCGUUUGGGAAAGGCUGCGGUGUUCAAAAUUCAAUUGGAGUUUAUACUAAAGUCAUUCCAUACUUAAAUUGGAUAGAAGACAUCGUUUGGCCCACUGAUCCCGUUGAAGAUACUUUAAUUUUUGAUUAAAAUUUUAUUGAAACUUUUCUAUACAUUUUUGCAAGAUUUGUAAUUUCUUUUUUCAUCUGUUUCACAUUGUAAUUUUGCGAAAAACAAGAUGUAAAUCGAAGUUAAGAUUUUAUAAUGUUAUCGCCGGUAUUUUCUUAUUAAACCGAUAAAUAAAUAUUUGAGAAGGAAACUGAAGCAACAACGUUAUAGCAAAAUCAAUUUUUUAAAAAGUUUAGAAGUUUGGCCUGAUACGACACCGAAGACAUUGGUACAGUGCAAAAAAUAUGCGUUUAAAAGCUUUUAUUUAACUUGCUUUGUUGUUUUUCUGUCUGUCUGUUUCAUAUUUUUGGAACCAAGUUUGAAAGGGUUCCCGUUGUCCCAAUAAAUUGAAAUUUUGCAUACUUACUUAAUCUGCGUGACAAUGAAAUCCUAUGUGGUUAAAUACCCCCUAAAGGGGUUAAAUAGGGUUUAACGGUAUGUUGGUUAUUGGGAAAUAUAUAUUAUUACCUAAUCAUUUUUAUUAUGUUUUGUCGCUGUUUUUUGAAAUUCAUUUACCUUGGACGAUAGAGUAUAGAUACAGGAUGUUCUUUUAAUGCUAUCAGCUGAUUUCUACCACAUACCAUUAAACAAUUUUGCACAUAGCAGCAAAAUAAUGGUAUUACAAUAAAACGGCGAAACUAAAUCUCAGGGCAAAAGACGUUUAGAAUCAGUAAAGACUACAAAACAAUAAAUAAUAAAAAUGUUUUUUUUAGAAAAAAGCCUUUAUUUAAAAGAUGCAUUAAAAAGUAGAAAAUAACGUUUUUCUAUCAGAGGAGAAUAUUUUUGCUUAUAAAUUAGUAUUUUAAAAUUCAUAAAAACGUUGAGAACGGUCAUAAGUCAUAACAAUACAGCAUUACAGAAUUACUUUCUUAAAUUGAGCAGUGUUCCCACCAAGCGCAUUGCGAUUUUUUAAUAAUUUGCCCACAGACGCACAAAAUUGUAGAAAAAAUUAAAUAACUUUUGAACGAUUAAAGCAAAUUGCAAAAACUAGACUAAUUUAUAAAGCCUAAAAAAGUCCAAAUUUAAAUAUGUACAAAUAUACAGUAGGAAAUACCACAGCGAAUCUUCUCCUGGAAAAAUUCAGUCACAAAUUGACUCACUCUGUAUUUCAUAUUCAUUUUCUAAAUUCUUCAGUUUUUCGUUUUACUGUUUUAUCAUUUAGUUUUCUAAUGCCUUAAUGUUCUUACUUUUCUGUUUUAUAAUUUUUUAAUUUAUCACUUUUUCAGUCCUUUAGAUUUACAAAAUUUUAAUCUUACCGUUUUACUAUUUUUUUUAAUACUAGUUUUUAAUUUCUUAUUAAUUUUUUUCAGUCUUGAGUGUCCACAGUAUCAAGAUUCAGUUUAUUAGUGUUUUUCUACUUCUGAAGAUUUCUUACGCUUAAAUUUUAAUAAAUAGCAUAAUAAAAUUAGAAACAGUAAUAAACACUAAUUAAGUAUAAAUUUUUCUAAAUACACUUUAGGAGUCGUGGAACAAUUAGUUAUAGCAACAAACUUUACAAAAAAUGUACUGACUCAUACUACAACUUAACAAUAAAAGUAUUGCUAAAAAAUAUUAAAAUUUUCCAAAUAUUAUUUACUGAAAUAAAGUUUUGGAAAUGUUGUUGUUGGAAAUGCUAAAACACAUUAAUGAUAAUGAUAAUCUCAAAUUUAAUUUAAUUGAUAUGCGACCUUUAUCUAUAGUUAGCCACUUUUUACGAAUAAAUGUCUUGUAAAUAAGCGUAAUUAACAAUAAAUUCCUUUAUUUUUAUUUCACAUUCUAAAAAUAAACAUUAAAAGUCUUUUAUAGUACUUAUAGUGCGACAACUACAUUAAUUUUCCACCUGUAUAGACGUAACAAGUGAGUUUGUAAAUUAAAAAAAAGUUUUUAGUGGCUUGAGGAGCAUAUACAAUAACUAGGUACACUUUCAGUGAAACACAAUAUUUGAGUACAUUUUCCUUAUCACUUUAAUAUUUACUUAACUUAUCAAAACUUGCAAUAACAAUCAUUCAUCACAUGGAACAGUCACCAACGAUAACCUUUUAUUCGCUCAAAUCCACCCAAAAUGGAGAAACCAAAGUUAGACACUGGCAGAAAGUGUGGCAUCAUUAUUGUAUCAGUGACAAUUACUAUUAUCUUGGCAAUAGUAAUAGCCGGUGUUUGCGUGAGAUUUCUGUUGGAAGGAAAAGUUCAACAAGUGAUUUUAAUCAUUUUGAUCUGUGUUUUAAUCACUGUGGGUAUGACAAGUUUGAUUGUUUUGGAGGUACGAAGGAGGAGAAUUCGGAGAAUAAAGAAAGCAAAAAGGGCAAAUUAUGUAACAGCACCAACAGCACCACCGAUGGUUGAUUCAUCCACUUGGAAGUAUUCGAAAAAUUACAGUCAGAGGACCACUAUGCAAGCGUAGUUUGUGCAAUUUGAGUGUUGUGUGUUUUUUUAUUUAUUGAAAAUUGAACGAAAUUUGAGUGAUUGGUGUGUUAUUUUCUAAAGUGGAUUAAUAGUAAAAAUAUUGAAUUGAA